AUCCACAUUCAGCUCCUGGAUGAGUUGCCUGUACUUGUGGGUGACUUCUUUUACAAGAGGGUGGAUUGCAGACUUCAUCCAGGAUCUUGCAGCUCUGGCUGGGAGAAGAUUUACUCUUAUUAUCUGUAAUCCUGCGACAACCGAGAGCUCAACCCCCCCACCCAAAGCUUGCACACCCUCUUCAUGUCCCCAGAGCCUCAUUCUUUCUUCUCUUCCUAAAUGCGUCUCCGUUGGCUUAAACUCCUGAGCCUGAUGGUGGGGCUGGCAGUGUCUGCUGUCUUCUAUGGGCACUACUACACUUCCUUGGUGAGACAAGCGGGUCAGGAGCAGGAUUGGCUGCUGCACCAGAAAAGCAAGAUUUCCCAAGACUCUAAAGAAAAACCUGCCUGGGAACAUGCUGGAAGUCUUCAGCUCGGAGCUGAUCCUAAGUCUUCUUUCCAGUGGUUAAACGAGAGCCGAGACAGAACUGAAGCAGAUAAGAAAAGGAAAAAUGACAAGAAGGCGGCAGUGACGUCAGCAAAGCCUAAUGUCAAGCUGCACACUGACCCUGUCUGCCCCACUUCUCUACGCUUCCAUGUGCAGAAUGACUCCUAUUUUAGAAAUCUGUUCAAGUUUGACGUCCCUGUGCUUAUGUGGGACAGUCAUCUCACUGAGGACUCCAAGAAAAACCUCAACCAGAGACCUGUGCCAUAUGGCUGGAAGGAUCUCCCUCCAGAAGAUGUCGCCUCUACAUUGCAACUACUGAACGAUUCUGCAAACCAGAUACUAUUUGAUUGGCAGCCCCCGAAGGGAUGCGUUCGAUGUGCAGUGGUGGGAAAUGGGGGGAUCCUGAAUGGUUCUCGUAAGGGGAAAGAGAUCGAUGAGCAUGACUAUGUUUUCAGGUUGAAUGGUGCAGUGAUUAAAGGAUUCGAGGAGGAUGUUGGUACAAAAACUUCAUUUUAUGGUUUCACAGUCAACACCAUGAAGAAUUCUCUGAUUGCUUAUUAUGAAUACGGCUACACUGAAACACCCAAAGGGCAGGGACUUCGAUAUAUCUUUAUACCAUCAGAUAUACGGGACUAUGUUAUGCUACGUUCCGGCAUUUUAGGAGUUCCAGUCCCAAGUGGUUCUGACCUAGGAGAUAAGCCUUCUGCAUAUUAUGGACCUGAAGCAACUCCAAAGAAAUUUAAACUUCUGCAUCCUGAAUUUCUGAUGUACCUUAGAGACAGAUUCUUAAAGUCGGAGAUAUUAAAAACAGAAUAUGCAAAUCUGUAUAUGCCCAGUACUGGUGGGCUGAUGCUGCUGACUGCAUUACACACCUGCGAUCAGGUCAACGCCUAUGGAUUCAUCACUAAUAAUUUCCAGCAAUUCUCUGACCAUUACUUUGAAAGAGAGAAGAAAGAACUAGAGUUCUAUGCCAAUCAUGACAUGAUUAUGGAAAUGCAGUUGUGGCGCAAACUUCAUCAGAAAAAGAUUAUGACUUUGUACCAGCGAUGAAGACAUGGAGGUUUCUGCCAAAUGGACUUUGUAUGGAGGCAGUAGUCCUCUGUAGCUCCAAAAGCUAUGGAAAAUGUAUAAUAAGGGUGGCCUUUACUUUGUAGAUGAGAGGAUCCCACAGGACUUAAUAAGGAGUGUGAUACACUUUAAAGGAGUUUAGAAUAUUGAUGACCUAUUCUCAGCAUGGCAAAUGAACAGAGGUAGCGGCAGCAUCUCCAGUGAAUCCUUUAUUGGAGGGACUU